AUUUGUGCAUUGCGUGUAGUUAGGAAAUAUCCAGAUCGACAUAUUCAUUUAAACCAUGCGAGCAUCAACGCCGCUUGGGCUGCAAGAAUCCUAAAGAUUAUUACGAACGAAACACUGCGCCAAUCCCUCGCUAAAUGUGCUCCAAAACAAGAUGUUCUAGUCUUGAACAACAACGUUAGCUACGAUAGCAGUUAUCUUCCAAGGAGGAUCAUUGAGAAAAAAAUGUUCUUCAGUUUUCAUCGUAAUCCGAUGAUAAUGAUGCUAGCAGCAAAGGCCACAACAACAACAACAACAACAACAACAACAACAAGUCCACUGUUUGUUAGCAGCGUAUGGAAUAGUACUGGCUCACGACUCGCUGUGCGAUCAGCUGGACAGUGUUUUCGCUAUGCCUUGCUAUUACUAUUACCAUUGGCCAUCGUCAAACCUUGUCAUCAUCAGCCAUCACCGGCGUUAACUCGUAACGAAGUUACUGGCUGUCCCUUUUCCAGCUAUUCCACAGAGUUAUCGCUUUCGUCAUUUCCGCCGUUCAUCGCGUCUGUGCUUCGCCGAAUUUCUAACGCGUUUCGGCAGCGAUGAGAUGAGAGAAGGACCCUGGGUCCCAUCAUUAUUCCCGCCCUCGGCGGUUCUGGUCUUCCCACCGUUGCGUGACACGAUGGACGUCGUCACGUUGGUUACGGACCCUCCGCCAUCGCUACGCCCUUCGCCAGGCACAGACGCCUGGUGCGAUCUACUCAUAGAAUGGGAAGGCAACCUAACGAGGUUUCCCCUACCCAUUACGAACGAACUGGUCGAAGCGUGCUUACUCAAUGAUCAGGUGUCGAAGGAGUACCUUGAACCACCGCAAUAUCACUGGCUAGCGUUGGUCUUGCUAGUGAUCCCGUUGGCCGGCGUGCUCGGCAAUAGUCUUGUCUGCAUUGCCGUCUGGCAGGAACGACGCCUUCACAACGUCACCAAUUUCUUUCUCGUCUCUUUAGCUCUUGCUGAUCUGAUGGUGUGCCUCGCGGUCAUGCCCUUCGGAGUGCUCGAACUAUUUUACGGUUACUGGCCGUUCUCUACGGUUGUCUGUACAAUAUGGGUGACCUGCGAUGUCCUUGGGUGUUCGGCCUCGAUCCUUCACCUCUGCUGCAUUUCAGUAGGCCGUUACAUCGGCAUCCGUAAUCCGUUACGGACCCGCCAACGGACGCAAUACCAAAGUCGCCGUAGUGUUCUUACACGAGUUCUUGGUGUGUGGCUGCUUGCGUCAGUGAUCAGUUGUCCUCUGCCAUUACUGGCGGCUCAAGAUGUGAACAAUGUACGCCCGUCAGGUGAGGCAUGCGCGAUCAAUAAUCGAUUUUUCCUCGCUUUCGGAUCAAUCUUCGCCUUUUAUUUACCCAUGAUGGUUAUGAUGGUCAUCUACGUGCUAACCGUACGUGAACUGCACAAGCCGCCAGACCUCAGCUCGUCCACAGCCAAUCCCACUACUAUAACCAGUACAACAACAAUUCAGCCAAACCCCGCAGCAGGGGGGUCCAUCUCGGUGACGUCUGGUACAGUCUCGGGCACUGAUUCAGGAGGUGGAGGCACGGUCACCAUUGGGGUCAUCGGCGUUGGCGGCACAGGUGGGGGAAUCCAGACCCAGUCGUCUGCUUGCUCCUCGAAUGGCAAUGGAACUAAUAUGAGUACCGGUAACGCGAUCACUGGCGCGUUAGCUACCACCGCCGGUUUCCCGUUUUCACGAAUCGCCUCGGCCAAAGCCAACGGCUCGGGUUCAGCGUCAAGCGGCGAAACUUGCCCGUGCGUUCUUGCCGUACGAACCGCUAGGGCCCUCAACGAGCGUCGAGCUACCAAAGUUCUUGGCGUCGUAUUUCUGCUCUUUUUCGUAUGCUGGUCGCCUUUCUUUGUGCUCAACGUGCUGCAGAUACCGCUCGGCAGUGACUUCUUUCCCGGGUACAUGUCGACUGGCUUUCUAUGGCUUGGUUACAUGUCAUCAACGGUCAAUCCGCUCGUCUACACCGUGUUCAAUCGCGUGUUUCGUUCAACGUUCUGGCAGUUGUUAACGUGCCGCUGUGGGAAGCGUCGGCGACGCCUACUGUAUAGCAACACGAUACGUGGGUAUGGCUAUGCUAGCUCGCGCGACAUGGUCUCUUGGUCGUUUCGGUCGACUUACCGGCAGCCCCGACCUGACCACAGGAGUCAAGGCUCGGGCCAAAUGGGGACCACACGACUGACAAACGAAAGAAGGCCCUGACGAAAGCGGGUCGACUCACA